AGACACACACACUUAAAGGGGUUUCUGUGCACAGCAGCUGGUUAUCGUUAAAAUUAAAUGGGUAAUAAAAUAGUCAGAUGCAAACAUCAAUCAAGAGGCAGGACGGACACCUCUCUGAGCAGCACCCAUCUAACGACCUUCACCAGUAGUUCAGUCCCUCAAGAAGAAGAAGAUGGCUGCUGAAGGGGCGUCAGAAUCUCAAAGUGAAAGCAUGAGACAACGGCGGCGGGGGCGAGGAAGCGGCACCCUUGCAGAAGACAUCAACCGCAAUGUGACCCUGGACAUGGAGCCUGUGUCCUCGAUGUCCAGUGAGGACGAUGAUGACGAUGACGACGACAAAGAUUCUCUCUACCUCCGCAAAAAGAACAAAGUUUCCGGUUCAUUUGCCCUCAUUUCCGUCACAAUUUUAAUCACGUUGACGCUUCUGUUUGUGAAGUAUAUGGACAAGCGACUGCCAGAACCAUUGAUGGAAGCGGAUAUUGCAGCCCACCCCACGAGGUUUAUCGAGGAGAGAGCUCGGAGGGACUUGCAUGAUCUGACAGUCGUUGGAAUUCGAGUAUCAGGAAGUAUUGCAACUGACGUGGUUACCGUCGACAAAUUUAGGGACGUUCUCAUUGAGAUCAAACAGAACUCGAGUGAGGUUUACAACGUGGAGUGGGACGUGCAAAGGCCGACGGGAAGUUUUUGGUUGGAGGACGACGAGGGAAGCACCAGCUCCUACUCUGGCAUUGCAAACGUGGUGGCGAAACUGGAACCUCGAGACCCUGCCCAGCGGACUAAUUCAGGAAUCCUUUUGAAUUGUCAUUUCGACUCAAAACCUGGAAGUCCUGGCGCAACUGACAAUAUGAUCAGUUGUUCCGUCAUGUUAGAGAUUUUGCGAGUGCUUGCCUAUCAACCGACCCUUGUGAUUCGCAACCCAAUAGUUUUUUUGUUCAACGGUGCCGAAGAGCUGGGGCUGCAAGGUGCGCAUGGUUUCGUGCGUGGGAAAACUGACCAUUUGCGAGAAGAGUGGGGACACGAGUGGGCACAAAACCUGAGCGUUUUUCUCAACCUGGAAGGUGCUGGGGGCGGAGGUCGCGAAAUCCUAUUUCAGGCGACUGGAGGCAACACUCAUGAGACGGGUUGGCUUUUGAAAGCGUACAAAGAGAGUCCUCACCCCUACGGCAACGUGUUGGCCGAAGAAGCCUUUCAGUUUGGUCUGAUACCUUCAGACACAGACUUUCGCAUAUUCCGCGACUUCAAAGGCCUGGCUGGCCUUGACAUUGCAUUCAUUAAGAAUGGCUGGGUGUAUCACACCAAAUGGGACAAACUCUCGGAAAUCCCCCCGGGCAGCCUGCAACACAUGGGAGAUAAUGCUCUCGCCAUGGUGAAGUAUUUGGGCAACCUGGACUUGACGGAACACAGUUCUGCUGAACAAAUGGUCUUCUACGAUGUCUUGGGCGCUUUCAUGAUCACCUACUCAAAAACUGUGGGGAUCGUGAUCAAUGUGGCAAUUUCGCUUGUCGCUGUAGGCGUCAUAAUCUUCUUUGGAGGCUGGAAGCCCAAGUCAUUUCUAACUUACGCCUUGUAUUUGGGGUCCACCAUCCUCGUGUGGGGAGUAGCGGUCGGAGUUUCGGCCUUGGUGGCAGUAAUUCUCAACGGAUCUGGAUAUCCGAAACCUUUCUACACUUAUCCAAGUCUUGCUCUCGUUCUGUUUGGUCUGCCAGCAAUGAUUGCACAAAUUUUGGUUUACUCUGUAUGCCUCAAGUCCUCCCCGAAAGAUGCCUGGUUGGCAGGCAAGCUGACCACGGCCAUUCUUCUCUUCGUGACUACGUUCAUCACCAGAGGAGCGUACAUUUUUCUGCCUCAGCUCAUUUUCGGGAUUGUGGGAUGGUUUGGUGCCAGAUAUUUGAUGCGAGGGUGGCCAAAGUCAAUAAUGGUGACGUACAUAGUGAUUGGGGAAAUUAUUCCGCUGAUCAUGUCGUCAUACUUGAUCUUCACAUUGUCCGACGUUUUCGUCCCCAUCUUGGGACGAGCGGGGAGCGAAAUGAAUGGAAACAUAUUUUUUGGCUUGAUCAUUGCGGCGAUCGUCUCAAUCAUCGUGGUCCCAGGCCUCGCCUCCUUCUUCGUCAACUACGACAAGCGGGUUUUGUUGACCUGUUUGCUAAUGAGCGUGUUCCUCCUCAACCCCAUGAUCGUGUUUGGCUUCCUUGGGAAAAUCCCGUACCAGGAAAAGACUCCGAUGAGACUGACCAUUUGUGAUGUUGACAGAACAUACUACAACUCGGAUGGGAUGGUACGGAAGUCGGAGCACGGGUAUUGGUGGUGGCCAAUUGAUGCUGACACGGAUAACAUGUUCCCAGAAUUCUCCAAAACCAUCAAAGAAGUAGUCGAUGUCCGGGAUGAGAUUUUAGAGUAUGAAAAUUGCGAAGAGUUGUACUGCUCGCAACCUUUCAUCUGGCCCACGACCAAAAGAAUAAAGAAAGUCCACUGGAUCACGCAGCCUGGGUCACUGCCAUACGCGCUCAAAGAUGCCGUGAACAUGACCGUUCUUCAGGACACGUCUCCAUCGUCCACCUUUCGCCGCCUGACCCUCGAGUUCCACGGCCCCGCUCAAACGACGGUCGUCCUCAGCCCUCGACCCAAUUGGGAGGCGAACAUUACAAUCCAGGUGUCGAUGGAGAACAUUCCCGUGGAACGCGAAGGCAGCAACCGAUGGAAGGGGAGGAAGGUUUACUACAUUUACCACGGACGAGGCUACAUCGUGGAGCCAAUUAGAAUCAACGUGGACCUGACACAAACUGCUCCGGGGGAUGAGAACGGCUCAUUGUUGGAGAUCCAGCUCUCCGGACUGUUUCUCGACAUGACUCCGGAAACUGCGACUCCUGAAUACACCGACUUUCUGAACAGGUUUCCCUCUUGGACCUACACAGGAAUGAGCUGGUCAUCCGUCAUGAAAAUGUACAGAAUAGAAUAACAAGCCCAAUAUGCAUAACAUGAAUAAAAGAUUUUAACACACA